AAGGAGGAGGAAGAAGAAUUUGCACGCAAUUUGGCUUUGCAGCAGCAGCUGGAAGAAGAGAGAAAUCGGGUAGCCCUGAUGAAGCAGCAGCAGGCAGAGCAAGAGCAGUUUCAUGCCUUCGAGGAGAUGAUUCGACGACAGGAGCUGGAGAAGGAACGUCUAAGGAUAGUGCAGGAAUUUGGAAAGCCAGAGCCAAGUCCCGAGUCUCUGGACGGACCCCUCAUCCCUGGUGUGGAAAAACCCCCAACUGAUUUAAUCCCAAAGGUUCCCAUCUCUCCAGUUCACCCUGCAAGUCCAUCAGUGGGGACUGUCUCAUCCAAACCUCCUGUUGUGGACAGAUCUUUGAAACCUAGUGCUUUGGGGAGCACGGAAAACAAUGCAAGUAUGGAUGUCCUUCGCCAGGUCAUCGUUCCUAGGGAGCUCUGCCAGAAAUUCCUCCAGCUGGCUGAUGCCAACACGGUCCGGGGUGUGGAGACGUGUGGGAUCCUCUGCGGUAAGCUGAUGAGGAAUGAGUUCACGAUAACCCAUGUCAUCAUUCCCAAGCAGUACGGAGGCCCCGAUUAUUGCAACAUGGAGAAUGAGGAGGAGCUCUUCAUGAUCCAGGAUCAGCACGGCCUUGUUACACUAGGCUGGAUCCAUACUCACCCCACGCAGACAGCCUUCCUCUCCAGCGUCGACCUGCACACGCACUGCUCCUACCAGAUGAUGUUGCCAGAGUCCAUUGCUAUUGUGUGUUCUCCAAAAUACCAGGAGACGGGGUUUUUCAAGCUGACAGAGCAUGGCCUGGAGGAGAUAUCUUCCUGCCGGCAGAAAGGAUUCCACCCGCACUCCAAAGACCCCCCUCUCUUCACUACCUGCAAUCACGUGUCAGUAGUCGAAAGAGAUGUGGUCCUGAUGGAUCUCCGAUAG